CGGAAGUCAUGCAGGGCUUGUUGUGAGUCUACAAGCAUGUUCUCUCCACUGCAUGCAAAAGGGCCUCCAGAGAAAGCCCUCACAAAACAUUUCUUUUGUUGUAUUUAUCCGAGGUGAGCAUAACAGUGCCACCAUGGCUCACAAGAAGCCAGGCCAGCAGGAAAUGGUUCAGGUCGGUUCGUGAUACUAUGAUCUCUUGAUCCUUGCCAUUAUAUGUCUAUUGUUUUGACUGAACUAACUGAAACCUUCUGCACAGAUAGAUCAGAACGGCCAUCUUCGCCGUUUUGGAGGAGCAGGUCAUCCUCGCGACAGGCUUCGGGCAAGUCCAACAAAGUGAUAGGCGCAUCUUACUCCCACGCGGACAUGCUCAAAUUCGAAUCAUUGUCAUUGGGCUCUGGUUCAAGGCCUAGAACACCCCCUAAUCCUACGUCGAGACCGUCACAAACACCUCCUGCAGAUGGGAGGGGUUACCAUUCUCCGGAACGAAAAGCAUACCCGGCCUAUACCUCUUCGGUACUAAGUGAGAGUUGGGAUGUCCUUGGUGAUGAGGACGUGGAGGGCGAUGACGAUGAUCUUGUAUACGAAGACGACGAAGACGAGUUCGGAUUACCUAGCAUAUCCAGCAUGCGUCGGAAGAGGAGCUUCAAGAACAAGGCAUUGAAAGCACAACAAGUUUCCUACCCGAGUAUUCAUCAGACAACAUCUGGUUCGACGUUAGCACCUUCGCCAAUGCCUCAGCUACAUAGAUCAAGCAGUUUCGAUAUAGCAGAGGAGCGAAACCCAUUGUCAUAUCCCAGCGCGAAGAAGGGUGAUGGAAAGAUCUUAAGGCCGCAGUACAAGGACAUCCUGCGGGACCCAGCCAACUCGUUACAUCUCAUCAAUCAUCCGGUGCUGGCAAGCAAUGCUACUCCAAAAGAGACAGAAGCGCACAGCACACGAAUAUCACGGAUCAACAGAUUUAAGCGGAUAUUGCAGGCCAGCUCGGUAUCGUUGCCAGAUCUUCGCUCUGCCGCCUGGUCGGGAGUACCUGAGGAGGUGCGGGCAAUAACGUGGCAGCUUUUGCUUGGGCAUUUGCCAACAAAUAGCGAAAGAAGAGUUACUACCCUGGAGCGCAAGCGAAAAGAGUAUCUCGAUGCAGUACGGCAAGCUUUCAAUUCUGGCACCAUGGGCAACCGGAAUGGAUCAAGUACGGGUGUCACUGGCCUUGCUUCACAGCCUCCUGUGACUACUGGCCGAGGCCGUGGUCUUGAUGAAGCUAUUUGGCAUCAGAUCAGCAUCGAUGUUCCCAGGACCAAUCCACACAUUCCGCUUUACCAGUAUGAAGCCACCCAAAGGUCUCUCGAGCGAAUCUUAUACGUCUGGGCCAUCAGACAUCCUGCCAGCGGGUACGUUCAAGGCAUCAACGACUUGGCAACACCCUUCUGGCAGGUCUUUCUUGGGACAUAUAUCACGGAUUUGAACAUCGAAAGCGGCAUGGAUCCAGGACAACUUCCGAAGCCCGUCAUUGAUGCGGUUGAAGCAGAUACGUUUUGGUGUCUGACGAAACUGCUAGACGGCAUCCAGGACAAUUAUAUUGUGGCUCAGCCUGGCAUACAUCGGCAAGUAGCUGCCCUGCGCGACCUUACGACGAGGAUUGAUUCUGGUUUGGCCAACCACUUCGAAAGCGAACACAUUGAGUAUAUGCAGUUUAGUUUUCGAUGGAUGAAUUGCCUCCUGAUGCGAGAGUUGAGCAUCAAGAACGUGAUCAGGAUGUGGGAUACUUACAUGGCUGAGGAAAACGGCUUCUCACAGUUCCACCUCUACGUGUGCGCAGCCUUCCUGGUUAAAUGGUCGGAGCAACUGAUGAAGAUGAAUUUUCAAGAGAUAUUGAUGUUCUUGCAAGCACUUCCGACCCGGGAAUGGACCGAAAAGGACAUUGAGCUGCUUCUUAGCGAGGCUUUCAUCUGGCAAAGCCUCUUCCGUGGUUCGAGGGCACAUUUGCGGACUUCGAAUAGCACAAUACCUAUGGGAUCUUUGGGUCCAUCAGGCUGAUACAUUAUCAGUUCAAAUAUGCAUUUAUGACCAUUACUGAAUGAGUCCAUAUGAAGUUCUAACGCUCGUCUGGACAUUUAUUUUAUGUCCAUUGUGUACCUGAAAGCUCCGGACAAAUGUCUCGUCUCAUUCAGGGGCAGAAAUCAGGGCAGCGAAUAUAAUUGGUGGAAUGAGCCGGGGAAGUUGAUCAAUUCCAGUGACGGCGAAUGAUGUCAUAUACGAUGCUCCAUCAUUGAACAUUGGAAGGAAUAUAGUAUGGAGACUUGAGUAGAGCUUUAUUCAUUACGACAAGGCUUGAUGCAC